AUGAAAUAUAUCGAUAUUCGGACUUUCCUUAAUCACUACCUACCGCGGCGUAUUAGCACGGAUAUGCAGUCUUUAAUACGGGGCUUAGAGCCUGAUUCUGCGAUAAUGCGUGCGAUAGAUACGCGGAGGCCUCGUGAGCUAACCGAUAACCAAAAGGCAAGCGUCGAGGAAGUUUCCGAGCUUAAGGAACCGACGACUCUAUCUAUAAAGGUAGAGUGGACUCGUCGAAACGAGGCUGUUGAGGCUGUUCGGAUAUAUUGCGAUAUUCUCGAAGGGGGUCCACGCCGAGGUCGACAAUAUACGAAACAAGCGACUUUCACGAGGAAUCGGACAAUUAUGCGCAAUAUUUCGUUCCGCAAUGUCACCGGAGCGCUCUCUUUGUCAACAGAGGAAAGAACAUCGAGCGCAGAAGCUCCAACGAGAGAAAAUACCAAACAAUUUGAAUUUUUUCAAUGCUACGGAAUGAAACACUACUCUCGCCAAAAGCAUCUUCUGCGUUAUUUUAGAGACUCACAUUUGAAUGACCGUCAAUACAACCAGUGCAACGAGGCUGUUGAAGAUGAAAUGUGCCUGCGCCGAUAUGCUCAGGACAGACAUGGAUUGAAGACUUAG